CAAAUCAUUUUGGUUUUAUUAUUUGUAUAUCAAAUAUAAAUUCUUAAAAUAUGCCUCCUUUUUCCGCCUGUUCCAUAUGCAAGGGAAGGACCCGAAAGAUGGUCAAGGACCCCCGCACCUUGAAGCAAAUCUACGUGUGUCCGAGUUGCUUCAAGAGCCAGGUUCAAAAAGAAGAAUCGGAUAAUUUAAAGAGAAAUGGACAGGCAAAACUUAUUCUGAAUGAAAAUCACAAGACCGCCGAGAAAGUCAAGUCUCUUCCCAGAAUUGAUGAUAAUAAGAAAAUAAAGGAUCCUCAUAAAGUAAUACAAAUGAACAAAAUCACGCCUCCAGUUAUGCAAACUGUGAUAAUUAAGAAUCGAAAAUAUGUGGCCAUCAGUGAGACAGCCGAUGACGAGUAA